AUCUGGGCAGUGAGGCGUGUCUCCUUUUGAAUUUUACAAGUUUGACAGCAGAAGAGGCAGGAAAAGCAGCGAUCUCGGGUCAGCCGCCAUGGCGAUGGGCAAGGGGUUUCGGGUCUUCGAGAAAAUCAACCCUCCCAACCCUUACAGCGUGCUGGUCGAGCAGCGAGGCAAGGACGACACCCUUCUGCUCGAGUCGCAAGCAGUGGCCGUGCUGUCCCAGCAAGAGACAGAAUCAGUUAAACGUCAGUACACAAAGGUUUUGGACGCCUACGGAUGUCUAGGAGUUCUCCAAAUAAAUGCCGGCGACAGGCAGGUUCUGUACCUGGUGAUGGUGACAGGCUGCGUGUCCAUCGGCAAACUGUGCGACUCGGAGGUGUUCAGGGUGACGGCCACCACCUUCGUGAGCCUCAGCGGACAGCAGCAGGACGAGGAGCGAAUCACGGAAGUGCGCAAGCUGCUCAACUCGGGCACAUUUUACUUCAGCUGGUCCUCGUCCGUCGAGCCAAUCGACCUCACCCUCUGCGCCCAACGCAAGAAAAAUUCCAACCAGACAGACAACCGAUUCUUCUGGAAUCGAAUGCUGCACGUGCACAUGAUGCGAUUUGGCGUAAACUGCAGCCAGUGGCUGCUGAAAGCGAUGGCCGGCAGCAUCGAGAUCAGGACUGUCUACGUGGGACACAGGAAGGCCGCCGUGGCCAUCAUCUCCCGUCUCAGCUGUGAAAGGGCCGGCACAAGAUUCAACGUUCGGGGCACCAACGACGAUGGCUUCGUUGCCAACUUUGUCGAGACUGAGCAGGUGAUUUACCUGGACCAGGAGGUGACCUCUUUCUUGCAGACGAGAGGCUCUGUGCCGCUUUUCUGGGAGCAACCUGGAGUGCAGGUCGGAUCCCACAAAGUUAAAAUGUCCCGGGGCUUCGACGUGUCCUGUCCAGCAUUCGAGAGGCACAUGCAGAAUAUGAAGGAGCGUUAUGGACACCAAGUCAUUGUCAAUUUGCUUGGCACAAGCAUGGUUGGAUCCAAGGAAGGCGAAGCCACACUCAGCCAGUUGUUUCAAGCGCACCACAGAGCAUGCGGGGAGCACAGGGAAGUGCCGCACCUGAUCUUCGACUAUCACCAAGAGUGUAAAGGCGGCAACACGCAAAAACUGUCCAGGCUGAUGAACAAAAUGCGACGGCACUUUGACGCCUUUGGCAUUUUCUGCGCAAGGGCUGAUCAGGUGCACAGCAUCCAAAGAGGCACGGUCCGCACCAACUGCCUCGAUUGCCUGGACAGGACCAACUGCGUGCAGACCUUUUUGGGUCUGGAGAAUCUGAACAAGCAAUUGGGCUUUUUAAAUCUGAUGGAGAAGCAGCAGAUUGUGUCCCGGUUUGAGGAGGUUUUCAGGCAGAUGUGGAUCAACAACGGCAACGAAGUCAGCAAGAUUUAUGCUGGCACUGGAGCCAUCCAGGGUGGCUCAAAGUUAAUGGACGGAGCGCGCUCAGCGGCCAGAACAAUCCAAAACAACCUUUUGGACAACAGCAAACAAGAGGCCAUCGACAUCCUGCUGGUCGGCUCGAAUCUAAACAGCGAACUGGCCGAUCGGGCCAGAAUCCUUCUUCCGCAAGUCCUCCUUCAUGCUCCGACGCCAGUGUUGCGGGAGAUGUGUAAAAGGUACUACGAGUACUCUAGUCCCACUAGUCUGCGCAUUUCGGUCGGCACGUACAACGUCAACGGAGGCAAACACUUCCGCAGCGUCGCCUACAAGGACGUCUCGCUCGCGGACUGGCUGCUGGAUGCGCAGAAAAUCGCCAGAUCAAAUUCAAUGGUCGAUUUGUCUCAUCCAGAUGACAUUUCGCUGAAGUCUUCGGACAUAUUCGCCAUUGGAUUUGAGGAAAUCGUCGAUUUGAACGCGAGCAACAUCAUGGCCGCCAGCACUGAAAAUGCAAAGCUGUGGGCGGAGGAACUGCUGAAAGUGCUGUCCAGAGAUCACAAAUACGCACUUGUGACCUACGUCCAGCUGGUCGGUGUUUGUCUCUAUCUGUUCGUCAGACCCGAACUGGCGCCGUACCUCAGAGACGUCGCGGUUGACUCGGUUAAAACUGGUCUUGGAGGAGCAACAGGCAACAAGGGUGGUGUUGCGAUUCGGUUUGUGCUUUUCAACACGUCGAUGUGCUUCGUGUGCGCGCACUUUGCCGCCGGCCAGUCUCAGGUGAACGAGCGGAACGCCGACUACGCCGAAAUCACCAGAAAAAUCGCCUUUCCCAUGGGUCGCAGUUUGAAUUCGCAUGAUUACGUGUUUUGGUGCGGAGAUUUUAAUUACCGCAUCGACAUGGACAAGGAUGAAAUUAAGGAGUUGGUCAAGAAAGGAGAUCUCCAACAAAUCCUGCUUUGUGAUCAGCUCAAGAAAGCUCAAGCAGAAGGCAACUGUUUCAAGAACUACAUCGAGGGAGACGUCGAGUUCCCGCCCACAUACAAAUACGAUGUAUUUUCCGACGACUUUGAUACGAGUGAGAAGGCCAGAGCACCCGCCUGGACCGAUCGAAUCUUGUGGAAGCGCAGGAAACAAAUUGCGGACGAUGCCCUGGUUAAGGAUUGGAAUCCUGGAGUUUUGGCUCAUUAUGGCCGCGCGGAGUUGAAGCAAAGCGAUCACAGACCAGUGAUUGCCAUCAUCGACGUCGAGGUUCUCAAAGUGGACGAAAGUCGCAGGCACCAGGUUUUGCUGAACGUUCUCCAGCAGCAAGGUCCACCAGACGCCACUGUUGUGGUGCGAGUCGAGGACGUGAAAGACGAAAACGAGGCUGUCUCGCUCUUCACAGACGAAUUCAUGAUGGAGCUGUUGCAAGAGCUUUCCCAGGUCGGCGAGGUCAUCCUGGUUCGGUUCGUCGAGGAAACCAUGUGGGUCACAUUCAGGGAGGGCGAAUGCGCCCUGGCAGCCGCAAAUCGGGGACGCCUUUCGUUGUGCGGUCACCGAGUGCAGCUCAACUUGAAAACGCCAGACUGGCUGCAGCUUUCGCAAUUAGAGACCGCCCUGUGCAGCAACAACACGCAGCCCUUGUGCGACAUGGAGCCCAUUUCUGGCCUCACCGACAUCACGGAUCUUUCGCAAGAUCUGGAAGUUUCUGAACUGGCCGGGUUGGUGGACACGUCGCCAACGGAGCCGGAGGAGCCAAGGUGCGCGCCUCCGAACAGGCCGAUGGCGCCACCUUCUCGGCCUCCGCUACCAAAGUCGCCGCAACCUUCGCCGCAAAUGAUCAGGAAGACAAUGCCAAAGGCUGGGGUGAUCAGCGUCAACUUCAAGCCACAGGUGCCGCCCGCGCCAAGCCCUGCUGCCGCCGCCGCCGCCCCCGCGCCAGCAGAGUCCCCUCCAGAGGUGACCCCCGUGGUCGAGAAGAGCCCUCCGCUUCCUGAGCCAAUGCAGCCGGAGGCGGUGUACGAAGAGAUCGCAGAACCACCGAUCGCUGCCCCCCUCGUGGCGUCCAGACCGCCUCCACCGCCCCCGAGACUCGACUCGGUGGAGGACGUGGGUCCGCCCCCGAGCAUGGCGCCGCCCCAGUUGCCCUCGCGGCCUGCGCAACCGCCCCCGGCGGCCAAGGCGCCCGCGGGGCCGCCCAUUCCCGGCCGCCCGCCUCCCAUUCCCGUCAGGGUGGGCAACGUGCAGUUCCCGACCGGGGCGCCGCCCCCCAUUCCGGCGCGCCAGCCUCCGAGGCCAAGCUGAAUGCCAGAGUCAAUUUUUUUGAUUCCUCAGCAGACUUCUUCCGGUCAAUUUUAUUUUCUUUCCCAAGCGGUUUUUAGUUGAACCAAAAUUUGAUUAUUUGUAUCAAAAAUCAAUUCACCAGUGGUUUAAAACUCAAAUGAAUUUUUUGAUGUGUUGAAAAUAAAAAUCAGUCCAGCCAAUCACCGUAUAAACGUCGGGAAAUAUUUUUUAUCUCAAAAAAUAUUUUUCUUGUUUCUACGGCGAUUGGCUGAACCGGAUUUUGGUUUUCUGCACUUCAAAUGAAAUCAUUUAAAGAGUAAGAUUGAGUCCAAAAUCACAAAGGAAGUAUAUCGGCUUUCGUAAUAAAGGUGAAUUAAUUUAAUUUAUUCCAGGGCAGGUUAAAACAUUAAUGACUGUGCAUCUGGACUGUUAAAUUUCAUUCAAAAUGUUAUUUCCGUUUCUCUAAAUUUUAAUAUUUUUAGAAACAUUCCAAAAUGUUUUUUCUCGUACUUUUUUCUCGCCAGGCAGAUUGCUUAUAAUUUUUCCUUUUUAAGAACUUUUUGUCCAUUUGCUUUGCUUUUACUAUUUUUUUCUGUAUUCACAAAGAGGAGACUCGAAAAAGUCGUUGAUCGCCAUAUUGCUUCCAUAAGAACCAAAAUGUUUGGUCUAAAGAAUCAGUCUAUUGAUUUAAAAUCGUAGAAACGCUUAAAAAGUUGAUUAAAAUGCGAUUGAAAACACGGCUGGAAAUCGGAAAAACCAGCAAGAAUUCUUUAUACUUGAGAAAUCCUUGACGCUGAUUGGUUGACGCAACCCGCACGUAAGCAGCUCCCGCGCACUUUAGUGCCGUUGCUAGGCAACCGCAGCAGCUGUUGACAUGCGCGUUGCGUGCAGCCAAUCAGCGUCGAGUUUUCUGUGAGCAAAGAAUUCUUGCGUCUUUCUCCAAUUUUCAGGUUUGUAAUCAGAUUUUUACACUUUUCUGCGAUUCUAAAUUUAUAGAUCAACUCAUCAGCAAGAAUUAUUUGCUCAAAAAUCCUCGACGCUGAUUGGCUGGACACUCCCGUGGUUGCAUGAUGUGAUGUAAAUUGCGUGGGAGAUGCUUACGUGCGUUUUGCGCCAGCCAAUCAGCGUCGAGAAUUCUUCAAGCAAAGAAUUCUUGCUACUUUCUCCAAUUUGCGUGAUUUAAAUCAACUUUUUAGGCUUUUUGUGAUUGAAAAUCGAAAGAUAAUACCUUUAGCUGCAAGCAGAGACCAAACAAUUGGCAUUAAGCACAUUUUCAACAGAAUUAUAAGUGAAUUACCAAAGGAAUUUGGUUGUUAUGGAAGGAAAAAUUCAUUUGCUGACUUUUUUUAGACUCUUUUAGGACACUACAGGUGUUAAUUUUGUAGAUUUUAAAUCUACAAAACCAUUCAAAAUUAUGAGAUUUGAUUGGAUGGGAAUUCCCAUUGCGCGCCUGAAUAGUUUUUAUUCAUUGCGUUUGUUAUGCUUUUUGUCUAUAUUAUAGUCGUCUGCUGGAAAGAAUCGAAUUUAAUUUAUUGUUAGUUGUACUGCUGGGCGCUAUUUUAGUCAAUUGAAGAAAUAAAUAAAAUAAAAUUGAAAAUUCGUAAUAUGGUUGUCGGGAUGUGCCAGUGAGAUGCAACCUAAAUCUCCUAACUUGAGUGUAAAAAAAUUAUAUAAUACACAAUGUAUAAUGCUCGAUCAGCCUCUCUCUCUUUUCCAAGGGAAAAUCUAGUGUGUUCAACGGAGUUAUAUAAAAAUAUAUUCUAGAAGGGUUUGCUAAAUUCGAAUUUCCUCUAGCAGAAUAAUGAGAACGCGUUACUUUGGCAUUCCUACCUAGCCUCUAUUGUGAUAUUUUGUCGCCUUUUUUAGCGAAUGGUUAAUUAAUUAAUUAAUUAAUUAAUCUCCGAUUAUUAGUUUGUUGUUGUUGCUGUUGUUGGCUUCUUGUUUGAGUUGAUUGUCUCGAUCGAUUUUGAAUAAUCAAGCGUGCAGAUGACGUGUCUAUAAUCUCAUCUCAACGACCAAAGAUGUAACUGUUAUUACGAAAAAAUUAAUUCAGAUAUAUCAUGUAAAUGUAUAUGAAUAAUCACUCUCACACGUAACGGACAAAAGUACCAUAAAUAUAUAACUAUAUUUUGUGUGGGUGGACGAAUAAUGGCGUAGCGUAGGCCGUGUCGAAAUUUGACAUUAUUAAUUUAUUUUGUGACGCAAUAAUCAUGAUUUGCUCAAUUCUCCUUUGCAUUCCUCUCGGCAUUUAGGUUUGGCCUACGGACAAGUUGAAUAAAUUAUUCUGUUGUAAAAGCGAAGACUCUAAUCGUUAAGUAAAGCAAGCAAGAAUGACAAAAAAAUAUAAAAUGUUAAUGUUGUUGUUGACGUGGAUGUGGCGACGAGUUGCAACAAGUGUACAAGCGAACUUAUUUAUCUCGGAUACAACACACAUGCAGCAAAAUAAAUCACGUAUAUAUCGCGAGAUGCGCAAAAUUUAA